AUGAUGCAUUCGUCGACGCUUUUCUCGUUCGGCGCUCGUUAUCCAAUUAUAACCUGCCGCGUGUCACCUCCGGCUUCUCCCCCCGUCGCUUCUCUUUCUCUCCCGUUAAGCUCCUCCGAGUCGCUAGCUUGCUCUCUCCAGUGUCCUCAUUUCCAAUCGUGCUCAGGCUGCACGCAGGAGUUCAAUCUCCAACGUCCACCUGUCGUAGACGAAGCUUCAGGCUUCUUCAAGCGUUACGGCGUCGAAGAUUUCACUUUCGAUAGCUGUAGAUUGUGGGGAUGGAGGUGCCGAGCAAAGCUAGCUGUUCGUGGGACGUCGGAUAAUGUAUUGAUAGGGUUGUAUCAAGAGGGAACUCACACCGUUGUAGAUAUUCCUGAAUGUAAAGCUCAUCAUCCUAAUAUUAAUGCUGCUAUCGAGUUACUGAGAGAAGGUAUUAAGGUGUUCGAUGUCGUGCCAUUUGAUGAGGAUCAGGGCACUGGGGACUUACGAUAUGUGCAGAUGGCUGUUACGACGCACAGUACAUCACUACGUGCUCCAGAGAGAUACAAAAAUGGAAAAGUGCAGGUGUCCUUGGUAUGGAACUCAAGAAAUGAGAAAUCUUUUAAUGCAGAUAAGUUGCAAGCUUUGUCCAGCUUCCUAUGGAGAAAGGGUGGACCGAAUUGCAAGUUUCACCUGAUCCAUUCUGUAUGGGCUAACUUUCAGACAUCAACCAACAAUAUAAUCUUUGGAAACAGAUGGAGGCAUCUUUUAGGUGAGAGAGAUUUCUGGGAACACGUUGGAGGAAUUGACAUAUCCUUGGAUCCUUCCAGUUUUGGCCAAGCAAAUACACGGGCUUUUGAUAGCUUGCUUUGGAAACUGCAUAAGUAUGUUCCUGGUGGAUCAUCUGUUGCUGAUCUAUAUGCAGGAGCCGGGGUAAUUGGACUAUCGUUAGCUACAUCAAGGAAAUGCAGGCAAGAACAGAGUCUGUUCAUAUCUGUCUUGCAUUUAAGAAGAUUGUGUAUAUAUGUUCAUACUGAUGAAAUGAUUGACCCCAAUUAUAAACUUUAUCCUGAUCGCAGUUCUGUCAAAUGCAUUGAGGUUAACAAAGAAGCUAGGCUGUCUUUUGAGAAAACAAUCCAGAGGUUGCCGAACUCAUUGAAUUGCAGCAUCACUUGGCACCAUGCAGAUGCUUCAGUUAACCCACUAUCAUGGAUUAUAGGAACAGAUGUAGUCGUUGUGGAUCCUCCUAGAAGAGGUCUGGAUGCUUCUCUCCGUCAGAUUUUGGAGUCUGUCCCCUCCAUUGAGAAAAGAAUGAGGUCUUCAUCACAGAGUACAAGCUCGAAUGCAAAAGAAGAGAAGAGGCCGUGGAUAUUAAGAGCAAGGGAACUUUCAGUUCAGGCUGGCAACAAGGUGACCCCUGAGGAGAAUAAUACUUUACCGCAAAGGCUCAUUUAUAUAAGCUGUGGUUGGGAAAGCUUUAAGGAGGACUGCAAGUCAUUGUUAUCUAGCAGAGCGUGGGAGCUGGAAAAAGCACAUGGCUUCAACUUCUUUCCCGGAACUGACAGCAUUGAAGUCUUGGCCGUAUUCAAGAGAAGGGUUGUAAUGAAAAAAAAGAAGAAAUCGGGAGUAAAGAAAAUGGGAUUAAAGAAAGUGCGUGCUAAGUAG